GGCGGCCACCUCAAUCUUCUCAGGAGCUACGGCCUGCUUGCGCCCGAGAACUUCAUAGAUGGUCGUUGUAUCGACGACUACCUUGUUAUUGGGCGUCACGCUUAUCCUCCAGGCGAGUCUCGUCGAGAUUUGGAGUUGUUCGAUCGUGCUGGGCGCCUGGCCUACGUAGACUCCUCGUUAUCAGGCAGCUCCUCUAAGGAGGUCAGGGACGCCGAGCGCUUCGUGGUCGUUGGCGCUGAGGUCGACUCCUCAGCUCGGAUGGUAGAUCAAGGGUACGUACCAGUGGGUGCGUCCGUCGAGCGGCGACUGCCGUUGGCGGAGCUCUGUCUUCGGGCAGCUCAGCUUCCGCGAGCUCCUGUGGCGCUGGUGGAUACUCUGGUGGGGUCCUUGGGUGCAGUGUUCGCCUACCGUCGCCCCCUAUUCGUCUGCCUCAACCACGUAUACAGCUUCGUUGCCCAGGACCGCACCAUUGAUCACAUUAUCCCUCGUGCUGUCAAGGACGAGCUCAGCUUGGCCUCUGCGUUGUCGAUCGCCGCGGAGACGGACCUAACCGUGGGUAUUCCCGACUGGAUAGCCGGGCCUGUGGAGUCCUACGGAGUGCCGAGCGCGCAGUGCGUCGAGUCGGAUCUCCCCACGUUCGUCCGCCGCGGGAUCGCCAUGGUCUUCGACUUCAUUGAGUUUGCCGGCGGCUCUGGUGUCCUCACUCGGUACCUCGCGUCCCAGGGUGUCCUUGUCGGCCCUGUCAUUGACAUAUCGUACUCUCGGCACUAUGACCUAUCGUCGCGUCGUCUGAUGGAAUGGGCGGUGUGGAUGCUGUAUGAGGGCCGCAUCCUUACCUUUGCCGCAGAGCCUCCGUGUACAACGUUCUCGCCUGCCGCUCACCCCGCUGUCCGUUCCUACCGUCAGCCUAUCGGGUUCAAUCGCACGGAUCCCAAGACGCGCUUGGGGAAUCUACUGGCCUUCCGCUGUAUGCUACUGAUGUUGGUAGGGCUCCGCGUAGAGGCCCCUGGUGGGCUGGAGCAGCCUCGCCUGUCUAAGAUGGCUUGGCUGCGGGAGUGGUCUCGCCUCUUGGAGCUUGGAGCCGCCGAGACCUGGUUUGCCUCUUGUGCCUACCAUGACCCUUCCCUCGAUGGAGUCGUCGUCUACCGCAAGGAAUUCCGCUGGAUGACCGUAGGCUUCCCCGAGUUCACCGAAAUGGCGGCGCGCUGUCCUAACACACGGCGCCACCGCGCCCACGCGCACACGAUUAUCGAGGGAGCGGCCACCAAAUACACUGCUACAUAUACCCGUGGGGUCGUCGUGGCAUUGGGAGCUCGGUACCUGGAGGCUAUCAGACGGCGUCGUGAGGUAGGCGAUACUAUGCGGCCCCCGGUGGGCUCCGAGCGGCUUGUGAUCAACGAGCUGCUGAUGUCGGGGUCUUGGGAGGAGCUCAGGGGAUGGGCCUGGAGGUCCCCGGGGCACAUUAACAUCUUGGAGUCGAAUGUCGUGGUGGAUCUCUUGGAGGGUCUUGUUCGUAAUGGUGGAGAUCGUAGGUUCGCUGCGCUUAUUGAUUCCAGAGUCACGUUGUGCUCUCAGGCAAAGGGACGGUCCUCGAGCAGGGCGUUGACGCGUCCUCUGGAGAAGUCCUGCGCCCUGCAGAUCGCCGGGUCCCUCUACCCCUCCUACUCCUUCGCCCCUUCGCGGCUCAACGUUGCGGACGACCCGACGCGGCGCCAGGCGGUCCGCGCAGCAUGCCGCCCGAGGCCUGACUGGCUGGAGCACGCGGACCUGCUGGACUGGCUGCUCACGCGGCUACCCACAGCCAAGGCCUGCGCUGCGUGGCUGCGGCUCGUCUGCCUGCUGCUGGGGAGCAGCGGACUUCGAGCGCUGCGGACCGCCCUUGCCGAGGGUCGUCGCCUGGCUCCUGCUCCCGCCCUCUGCGGGGUGCCUGGGCAAGGCUCGGGCGGAGGCCGCUGGGCGGCCACUGGAGUGGCUCGCGUCCCACAGACAAUGGGGGACCCUCGCAUCAUCAACGGAGUUCUGGUUGAGUUUGGCCAGUACCCGAGCGAGUUUCUGCUGGCGAAGCGUGCCCAGCUCGUACUGCCACGUGACAUCCUUUUCGAGAGGCCGUACGCACUCUUCACCAUCCAACUCCCGAAGACGGCCACGCUUGGGGCCAAGGUCCAGAGCGCCCGAGUCGAGCCGCCCGACAUCGUCGAGAUGCUGGACUGCAUCAUCGGCGCCGCACCUCCUGAUGCGAUGCUCUGGCCGAUGAGCGGCCAGACCUUCAGGAAGCGGUUCAACAGCCUGUGUCGGGAGUUGCGGCCCCCUCUCAACCUAGGGGGGAAAUGCCGAGGAGCGCUCGAUCUUGCUUCUCUCCGUGCGGGUGGCGCCACCCAGCUCUUCUUGGAGACGGAUGAUCCGCAUCUCGUCUAAAAUAAGGGGUCGUUGGAUGUCUCAGAAAGUCAUCUGAGCCGGGAGCGCAGCACUGCUGCGAAGAAUGGGGUGACGGGUUACUGAGUCUGCCGUGCCAGUCCGAGCCUCUAGAGAGGCUCCGUCUUUCUUGUACCUGCCAGCCGCGUCCAUCUUCAGCGGCAGACAGGCCCCAGAUGCACAGCAGGUCUUUUAGAUGUCUCUCCGAUUGCAGCGUAGCGGAAAGAGAGGGGCGAAUGUCAG